UCACCUGAACAAUGUAUCGUCUGCAAGUCUUGUUAAUCCCUUCUGGAAGGUUGAAGAAGGCAGUAAUAAUAUGUUACUUAUGAAAUCAGGAACUAUAUACAGCUUUUAGCACCAGGAUUAUCACAAUUAUAUAGUUCAGAUAUGGAGGAUUCAUUUAUACAAAGUUUUGUUAUUCAGAAAUAAUAAUCAUGGGUCAGUUUUGGACGAGAAUAUUCAAACACAGAGAUGUAAGAAUACUGCUGCUAGGUUUGGAUGCAGCAGGAAAGACAACUAUUUUAUAUAAAUUAAAAUUAGAUGAACUGGUGACCACUAUUCCAACUAUAGGUUUUAAUGUUGAGUCUAUACAGUAUAAAGAUGUUAAUUUUACGGCCUGGGAUAUUGGCAGCCGAGAUAAAAUCCGUCCAUUGUUUAGACAUUAUUAUAAAGGAGCUGAUGCUGUGGUGUUUGUUAUAGACAGUAAAGAUCGAGAGCGACUCGAUGAGUUAAAUUAUGAUGUUAUAAAACCAGCCAUAGCAGCAGAGGAACUGAAAGAAUCCAUCUUUCUUUUUUUGGCCAAUAAAAUGGAUUUAGAGGAUACCAUGACAAUAGAAGAGAUCUCCGACAAACUGGGACUCAAAAACUUAAAACAUCCCUGGAAUAUUUUACCAGUUAGUGGUGUAAAAGGUGAUGGGCUUCAUGGAGCUUUAGAUUGGUUAGCAUCAAAACUUGGUUCAGCGUCAACCAAAAAUCAAAAUAAGACUGCAGGUCCUUCGAUAGGUCUGACCUCCGAUACAGAGGAGAUAAGUGAAGAGCAAGAUGAAGCAAUUGCGCACAGAGAUUAUUGUUCUCGUGCAUACAGUGCUAUAAAAUGUCUGUUUUUAAGAACUAAUAAAAAUGACAGUCAAGACAGUUUGGAUAAAUAACAGUGAAGAUAAUAGAAUCGUAACAUUUUCCAGAUAUUUAUUCUAUAAAUGUAUAAUUUUUUAAUAGAGAAAAAUGUCUCCCAGUUUGAGAAAUUUUCAGUGAUCUACCCUAAUUUGAAUUGUUGUCGAUCUCAAGAUUAGAAUCAACAGUGGGAACAGAUUAGAAUCAACAGUGGGAACAUGAUGUACUUUCCUUCGAUGAUUCAAAAAAUUGUGCAAUUUUGUGUUAAUUAUUUAAAUGAAACUGAUAAAUAAAAAAAGUGUGUGUGUGUGACAAAUAUCACAAGAAAUAAAUAAACAAAAAAAAAAAAUUAUAAUAAACUCUUCUGAUAAUCAAAUUAAAAUAAACUGGUUCUUUUGAGGUGUUCCUCUGUAACUAUUUAAUGUUGAUAUGAACACAUUAAUAUGGAAUUUAAAAAAGACAGAUUGUUUUUAGAAAAUAACAGCAUUGUUCUGUUGUGAUCAUUAACAAUGAUUAUGGUAUUUGGUGUAUACUAUACAAAUACCGUAUUUUAUGAUAUAAAUGAAUUAAGCAAAAAUGGGCACAUAAUUUCCCCCUAACCAUCCACUUGAUAUCUACAUACCAGGAGUUAAUCAUCAUGAUAUAAAUUAGAUACUAGCAGGCCUGGAUAUAAUGGUUUCAGUUGUACCUGAGAAUUGUCUGACACUAAUGAACUAUAUUAUAGUUCCUGACAUUCUCAACAUAUAAUAUCAAUAAAAACACAGAAAAAAGACAAAUUUGUGCCAGACAAAAUGAAAGGCGCCAGAGAGAUUGUGCCUGACAAAAGUCUAAAUUUAUGCCUGACAAUGUCUGUGACAGGUGCCUUAUAUCCAGGCUUGCUGCAUGUAUUGUAUGUGUGUUGUAUCUUGUAAAUCACUGUUUGAGUGUAACUUCAUUUCGGUGUCAUAGUUUCAACUUAUGUCAAAGUGUGAUAACAAAAAACAAACCUUGCCAGUCAACCAUAUUUUAUAAAUUUGCUAUUCCAACAUUUAUUUCAUUUGCCAUGCAUUCUUUUCUGUUUCAACGUUUAAUAUUUGUGUUGGCUACGGAGAGAGCUCUGCUUACAAAGUUAAUCUCACUCAACAUUUUAAGUAGUUCUACAGGUUAGAAUCAUCUUUCCUAUGUUUAUAAAAAAAAAGUGUAAAAAAUGCAUGAUUUUUUUUUUUCAUUUGAAAUGUGUAUCUAGUUUACAUUAUAGAGAUGUUGUGAUAUUAUAAAGGGAAAUAACUCUUGUAUUGAAAGUUAGAUGAACAUGUUUUUUUAAUACACAAAUACCAUUAAGGGCAUAGAGAUGUUAAUGCUCUAAAGAAUGCUGUAUCAGUACAUGUUACAUGUUUUUGUGUUAGAGGUGGGUUUGUGCUGGGGGAGUGGGGGGUCUUACCAGUUAUGGAAUCUGAUUUUAGAGAGGGUUAAAUCGCCAGUCUUGGAAUCUUAUUACGGUAUCAGGGGGUUAAAAUCAUUGAUCUUUGAACUUUUUUUUAGGAGGAAAUGGGGGGGUAAAUUGUCAGUCUUGGAAUAUUUUACAAAUGCAGUUACCAUUAUUGGCAAGAAUUUGAGAACAAUCCAGUUAAUAUUACUGUAUUAAGUUUGUAGAAGAAAUGCUCAUGUUAAGCUGCUCAGAUUAAUUAUAUAUUAGUUGUACAUAGAUAAUAAUAAUUAUACAGAAUAUUAUACUGUUUAUAAGACUAGAUUAAUCACAUACCCACUUCAAGGAUUUAAUGUGGGUAAAAUUAUUAUGCAUAUUUUUGUUCAAAAUGUUUUCUGUGCCCAUUUAAUUGUCCGUAACAUAAAUCAUUGAUCAGAAAUAUGCAUUACUAACGGACAGGUAGUACCAAUAUAAUGUUUAAUGGGGAAACGUAUGCCAGAACGAAUUAUAAGUCCUUUAUGACACUAUCCCUGUAAUUGCAAAAAAUAUUGCUCUCAUCAUAAGACGGUUAAACAAUGAAGUCCAUGUGCAUAAUCUAUGAAAUCCUUGACAUGAUUUGAAUUAUUAUAUUAUAAAUAUUACUGUUAUUUGUAUGUAAAUUCAAAGUUCAAUUUAAUUUAAAUGCAAAAUAUUGAAGAUUUGUUAAUUGAAUAUACAGAAUUUAUUUUACUAGCUAUCUAUAUGUUUGUAUUAGUGUGCAAUAGAAUCUCUAGCACUGUUCAGUAAGUUUUACACUGAUUUUGAAUGUAAGGUCAAAAGCCUGCUGGGCUGUUAUGGUUAAUACCAGGUUUCAUUUAUUUUUUUCCAGUUACGAUAACUUUAUUGUCAGUCAUCGAAGUUCUUGACCUUGUAUUUGCAAAAUCAGGGGAUUCUAACCAUGAGGCAUGUGGUUCAACAGGAUUUUAAAACAUAGUUACAGAUAACCUCUUCAGUCUAGUCUAAGCAUGUUAGAUCCCAGUAACUAUGUUAUGCCGAGCCCUAGUGUACUUAUUUAUCAUGGCUAAAUAUGAUUAUGUAGACAUCCAUACUUAUACACUGUUUAUUGUUUUAGCUGCCGUCCUUAUGAAAUUAGAUUGACUGAAAACCAAGAAAUAUUGAAGAAUAUUUGUGCCAUAAUAUUUGCAUUUGUAUGAUUUGGUUUAAUGUUUGCAUGCUUUGGUUAAAACUCUAUGUAAAUGUCCAUUCUUUACCAAAUCUUGUGUAAUAUUUUCUUUCUUAGAUUAAAGAAUGUUUUGUUUCUUUUUAUUUUCAUACCUAUCGAAAUUCAUAAUAUACACCUAAUAUUGUUAGAAUGUAAUUCUAUAAAUGAUCAUCAAUAAAUCCUUAUGCUAAACAUAA